AUGACACUAAUUAUACACUCAUCACUCCUUCUAAUCUUUUUUAUCUUAGUUUACCCCCUACUCACCACAUUAAACCCUAACCAGCAAGACUCCAACAUAGCAGGUAUAACCAAAACUGCCGUUAGCUCUGCAUUCUUCGUCAGCCUCCUGCCCCUUAUAAUUUUCCUGAACCUAAAAACAGAAGGCAUUAUUACGAACUGACAAUGAAUAAACACCCAAGCAUUUGACGUAAACAUCAGUUUCAAAUUCGACCACUACUCCCUAAUCUUCGUCCCAAUCGCCCUAUACGUCACCUGAUCAAUUUUAGAAUUCGCACUAUGAUAUAUACACUCCGACCCCAACAUUGACCGAUUCUUCAAAUACUUACUCACAUUCCUAGUAGCCAUAAUUAUCCUAGUUACAGCCAACAACAUAUUCCAACUAUUUAUCGGCUGAGAAGGCGUAGGCAUCAUAUCAUUCCUACUCAUCGGAUGAUGACAUGGACGAGCAGACGCCAACACCGCGGCUCUCCAAGCUGUUAUUUACAACCGAGUAGGAGACAUUGGACUAAUUAUAACUAUAGCCUGACUAGCAAUAAACCUUAAUUCCUGAGAAAUUCAACAAAUCUUUGCCCUGUCAAAAAACUUUGAUAUAACAAUUCCCCUAAUAGGACUUGCCCUAGCGGCAACAGGAAAAUCAGCCCAAUUUGGCCUCCACCCAUGACUCCCGGUCGCCAUGGAGGGCCCUACACCAGUAUCCGCCCUACUCCAUUCAAGUACUAUAGUCGUCGCAGGAAUUUUCCUACUAAUCCGCCUUCACCCCCGCAUAGAAAACAAUCAACUAGCCCUAACAACCUGCCUCUGCCUCGGAGCAUUAACCUCACUAUUUACAGCCACCUGCGCCCUAACCCAAAACGACAUCAAAAAAAUUGUAGCCUUCUCAACAUCCAGCCAACUAGGACUAAUAAUAGUUACAAUCGGACUAAACCAACCACAACUAGCAUUCCUCCACAUUUGCACCCAUGCCUUCUUCAAGGCAAUGCUCUUCCUGUGUUCAGGGUCGAUCAUUCACAGCCUAAAUGACGAACAAGACAUCCGAAAAAUAGGAGGCCUAUUCAACAUUAUGCCCGCCACCUCAACCUAUUUUACAAUUGGCAGCCUAGCCUUAACAGGAACCCCCUUCCUAGCAGGAUUCUUCUCAAAGGACGCAAUUAUUGAAGCCCUAAACACCUCCUACCUAAACGCCUGAGCCCUAACCCUAACACUAAUCGCUACAUCAUUCACCGCAGUAUACAGUUUUCGACUAGUAUACUUUGUAAUUAUAGGAACCCCACGAUUCCUGCCCCUAUCUCCAAUCAACGAAAAUAACCCACUAGUAAUUAACACCAUCAAACGACUUGCCUGAGGAAGCAUUAUUGCAGGACUCAUUAUUACACAAAAUUUCCCACCAAUAAAAACACCAAUCAUAACAAUAUCAAUCACUUUAAAAAUAGCAGCCCUCAUAGUAACAAUUGCAGGCUUGCUAGUAGCCAUAGAACUAGCCAAUUUAACAAGCAAACAAGUAAAAAUCACCCCAAUAAUCUCCACACACCACUUCUCAAACAUAUUAGGAUUCUACCCUAUAAUUAUCCACCGACUUAUUCCAAAACUUAAACUUACUCUAGGACAAUCAGCCGCCACCCAACUAGACAAAACAUGACUCGAAACCGUUGGGCCGAAAGGUUUAGCACUCACACAAAUAGCCAUAGCAAAAAUUACAAAUGACAUCACACGAGGAAUGAUCAAAACAUACCUAACCAUCUUCCUCCUAACUCUAAUCCUGGCCACCAUCCCCGUGCUCCUUUAA